UUUGCCGCUUUUAGAGUGUUUUUUGUCGUGUUAUUAUUACAUUUUGUACACUGUCUUAAUAAUACCAUCCAAUAAACUAAUCUAAUUUAAGACGCUGUUUUAAACCUUAAUUAAAGAGCUUGGCGGUUUGCCGUUAGACGGAGCAGGCUGCCGUUGCCGUUAGCAGCUAAUGCUAACCUGAAGUCGUCUCUGUCAUCGAAGACAAACGUACAGCUCAACAUGUCUCUAAAGGCUGUGGACGGAAUACUGUCCAGCCUGAAGUUAUGUCAGACAGACAUUGGGACAGGAAUGGACAUCGUAACAGAUGUCGCUAUGGACCUGGUGGAAGCUCAGAAUGAAGAGAUGGACCCUGGCAUCAAAGAGAUGGAGGCCAUGAUUCUGGAGUGCGCAAAGCUGGACAGGGAGAUAAACUACUUUGUUGAUAUUGUACAGCAAAACACAGCUGAGGUCACUUCACAGCAGCCAGAGGCCAUGUUCAGCCUGUUUGCCAGAGUCAAGGAACAGUUUGCAGAGAGAAUUGCUCAACUGUCCGAUGCUGACCUGCACAAUCACCAGAAGGUUGCUGCCUUCAAGGAGAGCAUCAAGAACUCUUUCCAGCAAGCCAACCAAGAGUCAGCAGAGAACAUGGAGGAGCUCGAUGACGACAUCGCUGUCACGCAGAGCCAACUCAAUUUCACCUGCCCACUCACACAGGCGGAAAUGGUGAACCCGAUGAAGAAUAAGAAGUGCAACCACCACUACGAUGAAAAAGCCAUACUGAGUCUGAUCAAAACAAAGCACAGUCAGAAAAAGAAGUGCCGCUGUCCUGUGGUGGGCUGUGGAAACACAGACGUGAUAGAGUCAGACCUCAUUCGUGACCAGAUACUGAGGAGAAGAAUCCAGAACCAAAGGCGACAAACCAACAAGACAUAAUGUUCUGCAUUUCUGUUAAGUGGAUUUGUAUUUCUGUAAUCUGUACUUUGAGAGCAGAAUGUUUGGUAAUCUUUUGAAAAGCAUGUUUGGACCAGUUGAAUUUAAGUUUCAAGAUAAGGAUUUGUCAGUUGUUGUUUUUUUUUCUAGAAGGGGGCGGCUCAUGUUUUGCCAUUUCAAUGGGUGUAAAUUAAAACUUUAUAAAUUCCUAAAUAAAUAAUACUAUAUUAAA